UCUGUAUUUCUUCAUAAUCAUACAGAACCUUUAUUUUAACAUAACGGUGUAUGGUUGCCUGGUGACGUCAGUGUCCCAGCACGGCGUCCCAUUUUUUUUAAAAGCAGGCUGUGGAAAGAAAUCCAACAGGAUGCUUUUCACUCUCAGCCAGGACUGCUGCUGCAAACACCACUCAAACUUUCUGUCCGGAACAGUGGGCCAAAUGUGAAAGUGUGUACCGGGUGAUGUUUCGAGGAACGGCGGAGUUAAAGAGAGCUGACGAUGAAAACGUGGACUCCGGAGCUGAGACUGCCGAAUCUGACUGCAGCAGGAUGUCAUCAACUGGCAGUAAGCAAGGGCUUGAGCUCGUUACCAGAAGGGGCAAGCCGCAGCGACAGCGGCAGCAGCAGCUCCUGCUAAUGAAUUUGCAUCUGCUGGCCAAUCCUGGAGACUCUCUGCUGCUGCAGCACACCUUGGAUCGCCUGCUGUGCUGGCUCUGUCCAAGCCUCCGUAUCUUCCAUGUGUCAGAGAGGGCCUCCCCAUUUAGGAGUUACACCCACCUCUGUCCUGUUUCAGGCUACCCUUCCCUGGCCAUCACGUUCUUCCUCCAUGAGGCCUAUGGAGAGGAACGAAUCCUCAAAGUGCUGGACUUCUUUCAAAGGCCUCCCUGGCAGUACCAUCAUACCGAGAGCUGCGGCAACCGAACUGGAGGGAUCCACAUUACGUCUAGCAGCUCCCCUGCCAACGCCCUGCUGCGGCCCUACCUCCUGCCUAGCAGAGACUUCUAUAGUUUGGGUGCAGGGAUGCCUGUGUGGGGGGUUCGACCAGUGCAUUGUGGAGGAGAAAUACUACGUGUGACACUGUACAGUGGAUAUGACAACUAUGAGGACGCUGUGCGGCUGUAUGAGACAGUACUACAGCAACAGGCAGAGGAGCAGAAGACUGGUUUCUGCUGGUUCACCCUCCACACUGAGCCGGGGUUGUGCCUGCAGCUGGCUUUAAAGCAGUUGUCACCAGGGGUUCGAGUGGAGACAUGUAGUUCUGCUGUGCUGCAGUUUAGUGUGGAAGAAAUUGGCCAGCUGGUCCCACUGCUGCCAAACCCCUGCACACCCAUCAGCAAUACACGUUGGCAGACAGAAGACCUAGAUGGAAACAAGAUUCUCUUCCAGGUGAAAACCCCAGCUCAACCUCAGCGACCUCUGACCUGUGCUUUCCCCCUGACCUGCCCCAGCGUGUCCCCUCGAGGAAUGCAGCUCAGGAGCUCAGGACAGGGCCACAGCCUGUCGCCCUGCAGCCUCACCACUCCCUUGCCCUGGCAAACACAUAGACAAGGUCACAGACCACGCAGUGACCCCUUCCUGGAGAAGCUUCAUGGAGGAGGAGGUGGAGCAGAGAGCCUUGGAUCAGGAAGCUGCUGUAGCACCCCUCCAGGCAGCUCCUGUUACUCAUCCCAGCGCAGCAGCCCUGCCCCGCCCUCAACCUCCAAUCACCCUGAAUCUCCUCUGCGCCCCUCUAUCACCCGUUCUUGCUCCCAUCUCCUCCUGGAAGAGGACGAGGAGGAGCCGGAGACCAAUGUGGACACAGGAGUCCCUGUCUCACUGCACUCUGACACAGCAGCCAAAACGAUUACUCGCUCUUCCUCCAUAGACCUUUUGAUGACUUUCCACUCUGAGAGACCUGCAGCCGUUGGGGCUUCAGCCGUCGAGAGUCUGGCCAAGGAGUUGAGUGAGUGUCUGCCACGGACACACACACACCCUCGGGGCCCCUCCAGGACGUGGGGCUCUGCUGGUUAUACGGAUGGAGCCAAGGAAGGCUGUGGCAGCAGGACUGUGGCAGUAGGACAGAGCCCCUCCAAAGGGCCUGUGGUAGAGAAUAGGACUACUGCUGAGCUGCUAUCAGCACGCACAAACGAGGAGGGAGUGGAUGAGUUCUUCAUCUAAACUCCUGCUGCUGUGCCACAUGCUGUGGUAAUAAUCACAUUGCAAUUAAAAACAUAUCACAUGGAGAAGAUGAGAAACCCUCUAACGAGGAUCUGAAGUCAAACAGGAGGAUGUGUAGUUUGACAAAAGAGCAGUGCUCUGGAACAUAGAGGAAACCAAAGUUCAGCUGCAGGAGACACUUUCCACUCAAAAGUGUCUUGGAGUAUAAAUUCUUAAAAUGGUUUGACUAGUCCAAUAAAUUUCCAAAAUGUACAGUAGCCGAAUAACUGUCCACAUCCUACUCUAACAGAUGUGUUAAAAGAGCAGCACAAGGUGAGUGCUGUGUAAGACAGUGCAGGUAAUAACAUUGUUGAAUGUCCAAAUUACCUUUAUAAUGUUGAGAUCAAACUAAUGAUUUGUACAGAUAUUUUGCUAAUUUGUAGCCCUGUGAAUAGCAAACGUGAAGGUAAGGUUUUGUAUGUGGUACUAAUGCCAGUCUAGGUUUCUGUCACAUUACUCAGCUAGAAAAACUAAUGUCUUAUUUUCAGAUUGCUUUUGAAACAGAUGAAGAUGAUCUCAGCGUGAAACACUUUGAUGUUGCUGUUGAUCGUGAUUAGAGAUCUGAUUACUCUUCACAGUGCAGCAUGGUCAGUCUGUGUUACAGAUCUGAAACCAGGCUUUACAUAGUAAAAGUAUAGCCUAGUGGCUUUUUAUUACAUUUGUUUUAAUGCACUUCAAAUUAUCCUUGUUCUAGAAUUUGUGUGUUGAAAUGUAGAAGUGGUGGAUUAGACUUGGCCAAAUUACUGUAUUGAAGACUAUUGAAUUUUCUCAGAUAUUUUUUUUCCUCUGAUAGCCUAGUGUUAACAGGAUUUUCUAAAUAAAUAAUCAAAGAAAACAUUUGGAUAUAUUUACUAUUCUAAUGUAAGGUGUCUCAAAUGUAUCCUCAGCCUGAGACCUCAGAAAUGUUAAUUACUAAGGCCACAGUAAAAUGAGAGAUCCGCAAGUCCAUCAUGUAUUGGACUGAUCAGGUACAACUAAUUGUAGUCAAACCCACAUUUUGCACAGUGGACAUGAUCAUUGUAUUGAUUAUAGCUGUCUAGAGACUGAUAAGUCUGAUAAAAGAUAAUGUUGUAUUAGUUGAGGAAAAAAAUCUAUUAAUUUCUCACGACUCAGGUCAUACUAGUCUGCUCUACAAUUAUUUUACACCUUUUCCUGUUGACUUAAACUUUAAAUCUCACCUACUACAGGUGAAACUCAAUCUAAUGAUCAUUUGUGUUACAUGUGGAUUGUGGCCAGUGCUGGAUCAAAUGCAUAUGAUUCAAGGUUAUACAAUAUGAGCUGGUCAACAGGACACUGUGGAUGUUCAGGGCAGCUCAAAGAUGUAUACUGUUAAUGGGUGUUACUGGAAAAAAAGGCUUAGUCAGGAAGUAUCAACUAUGAGGCUCUUUAGUGUCUAAACUGUUCAGUGAUGUAGAGAAAUGUCUUAAGGCUUAGUAUUAAAAGACAGUUGAAUAAAACAG